UCCAUUUCCCGGAGAUUAGGUUCCGAGUCGACGAAGGCUCGGAGGUGUCUUCGAGCGUGAUCCCCAAUUACAGCAUGGGAAAUAAGCCUGCAAAAGAGGAGAAGAAGAGAAGAAGUGAUGAGAUUCUGGUGAAGGUUAAGCCUCCAUUGGACCCAAUUUAUAUGAGAUGGCUCGCUCGAGACCUUCAGAGAUUGCACGGCUUCGUUCCGAAGAAUCCUCGAGCGAUAGAGCCGCCGGAAAAUGUGAUCGAGUUUAUGCGUCUGUAUGGCUGGUUAGAUCUGGACCUGAGUGAUCCAGAUCUUGCUCCUUUGUUCAAGUAGAGCACACUAUUUCAAUGAGGGAUUUGAGGAAGUGAAGACAAAUUUUAUGUCUGGGUCAUUUGCAUACAAUUCCUAUGUAUUUACGCAUCUAACACUCGAUUUUUGCUUUCGACAUUAAUACCACUCGAAUCUUUCAUAUCACAUAGAAAGUACCACAACUGUAACUUUAAAAUGUUAUAUACGCCUUUUCAUGCUUUGGUAAGGUGGUAUGAAUGUAAAACUUGAAGUUUAGGUUUUCGAUAUGUAAAUAUAUAUGAAUUGA